UUUUCACCUUGACAUUUCCUUUUUUAUCACUAGUGUUAUCAUUACAACAGUUCUGUACCUCUCGGAUGCACUUCGUAAGAACUUCUUAAAUGAAAACUUUGAUUAUAAGAUCUGGGAUUCCUACUUUUACCUUGCAGUCAUUUUUAUAAACCAGUUGUGUCUGCAGUUAGAGAUGUUCACACCUUCCAAGAAGAAAAAGGUGUUAGAAAAAUAUGGUGACAUGCGGGUAACAAUGGGUUGUGAAAUUUUCAGCAUGUGGCAAAACCUAGGAGAGCACAAGCUUCACUUUAUCCCUGCCCUGAUUGGCCCCUUCCUAGAAGUGACCUUGAUACCCCAGCAAGAUCUUCGAAAUGUCAUGAUUCCAAUUUUUCAUGAUAUGAUGGACUGGGAGCAGAGGCGGAGUGGCAACUUUAAACAGGUGGAAGCCAAGCUAAUUGACAAACUGGAUAGCCUGAUGUCAGAAGGCAAAGGUGACGAAACAUACCGAGAGCUCUUCAACAGUAUAAUUCCACUAUUUGGUCCCUAUCCUAGUCUACUAAAGAAAAUUGAGCGGGAAACAUGGCGGGAAAGUGGCGUUUCAUUAAUUGCUACUGUAACUCGUCUAAUGGAGAGGUUGUUAGAUUACAGGGACUGCAUGAAAAUGGGAGAGGUAGAUGGCAAAAAGAUUGGCUGCACGGUUAGCCUUCUGAACUUUUAUAAGACUGAACUGAAUAAGGAAGAGAUGUAUAUACGCUACAUUCACAAACUCUAUGAUCUGCAUCUCAAAGCACAGAACUUCACAGAAGCUGCAUAUACCCUCCUCUUAUAUGACGAGCUGCUGGAAUGGUCUGAUCGGCCCCUCAGGGAGUUCCUGACCUAUCCCAUGCAAACAGAAUGGCAACGCAAAGAGCACCUGCACCUCACCAUCAUCCAGAACUUUGACAGAGGCAAAUGCUGGGAGAAUGGCAUCAUCUUGUGCCGAAAGAUUGCAGAGCAGUAUGAGAGUUACUAUGACUACCGAAACCUGAGCAAGAUGCGGAUGAUGGAAGCCUCUUUGUAUGACAAAAUUAUGGACCAGCAACGUCUUGAACCAGAGUUCUUCAGAGUUGGAUUUUAUGGAAAAAAAUUUCCAUUUUUCUUAAGAAAUAAGGAGUUUGUGUGUCGAGGGCAUGACUACGAGAGGCUGGAAGCCUUCCAACAGAGAAUGCUGAACGAGUUCCCCCACGCCAUCGCCAUGCAGCACGCCAACCAGCCUGAUGAGACCAUCUUCCAGGCAGAAGCUCAGUAUUUGCAGAUAUAUGCGGUGACUCCCAUUCCGGAGAGCCAGGAGGUCCUGCAGAGAGAGGGUGUUCCGGACAACAUCAAAAGUUUCUAUAAAGUGAAUCACAUCUGGAAAUUCCGCUAUGACCGACCUUUUCACAAAGGCACAAAAGAUAAAGAGAAUGAAUUCAAGAGUCUCUGGGUGGAGAGAACGUCAUUAUACUUGGUGCAGAGUUUGCCCGGCAUUUCUCGCUGGUUUGAGGUGGAAAAGCGUGAAGUGGUAGAAAUGAGUCCUCUGGAAAAUGCAAUUGAAGUGCUGGAAAAUAAGAAUCAGCAGCUGAAGACUCUGAUUAGUCAGUGUCAGACAAGACAGAUGCAGAAUAUUAAUCCCCUGACUAUGUGCCUGAAUGGAGUUAUAGAUGCUGCAGUUAAUGGUGGCGUUUCCAGGUACCAAGAGGUAAGGAUUAGAUGUAGCCUCUCCACUCCAACUGUGCCUUUCAGAGGCAUGCUUGAUAUUUGUUAUGCAAACGUGCUGGCAGCGCAGAUUCUGGAAUUUGGUUUGGCUGUGCAUGAGAAGUUUGUACCUCAAGAUAUGAGACCGCUUCACAAAAAGCUGGUUGACCAAUUCUUUGUGAUGAAGUCAAGUUUAGGGAUACAGGAGUUCUCUGCUUGUAUGCAAGCCAGUCCUGUCCAUUUUCCUAAUGGAAGCCCUCGCGUGUGUAGAAACUCAGCACCUGCCUCUGUGAGCCCAGAUGGUACCAGGGUAAUUCCUAGACGCAGCCCAUUAAGUUACCCAGCUGUCAACCGAUACUCCUCCUCCUCACUGUCCUCACAAGCUUCUGCUGAAGUAAGCAAUAUUACAGGGCAAUCAGAAAGCUCUGAUGAAGUCUUUAACAUGCAGCCAAGUCCAUCUACCUCAAGCCUGAGUUCUACUCAUUCAGCUUCGCCUAACGUGACAAGUUCUGCUCCAUCGAGUGCCAGAGCUUCUCCAUUGUUGUCUGACAAACACAAACAUUCCCGAGAAAACUCUUGCUUGUCCCCAAGAGAGAGACCAUGCAGUGCCAUCUAUCCAACACCCGUGGAGCCUUCACAGAGGAUGCUGUUUAAUCAUAUUGGAGACGGGGCCUUGCCACGCAGUGAUCCAAAUCUCUCUGCACCUGAAAAAGCUGUGAACCCCACCCCUAGCAGCUGGAGCCUGGACAGUGGGAAGGAAGCCAAGAACAUGUCGGAUAGUGGGAAACUUAUCUCUCCCCCUGUCCCUCCAAGACCCACACAGACUGCUUCACCAGCAAGACAUACAACAUCAAUAUCCCCCUCACCUGCCGGGAGAUCUCCAUUGAAGGGCUCCGUGCAGUCUUUCACCCCCUCUCCGGUGGAGUACCACUCCCCAGGACUCAUCUCCAACUCCCCUGUCUUGUCGGGCAGCUACAGCAGUGGGAUUUCUUCUCUCAGCCGGUGCAGCACGUCGGAAACCUCAGGCUUUGAAAAUCAGGUGAAUGAACAGUCGGCCCCCGUGCCGGUGCCGGUGCCCUUGCCGGUGCCCGUGCCCGUGCCCGUGCCCAUGCCCAUGCCGACCUAUGCCGGGGAGGAGCCGGUGCGCAAGGAGAGCAAGACCCCGCCCCCGUACAGCGUCUACGAGCGGACUCUGCGGCGCCCCGUCCCGCUACCUCACAGCCUCUCCAUCCCCGUCACGCCCGAGCCACCCGCGCUGCCCCCCAAGCCUCUAGCGGCGCGAUCCAGCCACCUGGAGAACGGGGCCCGGAGGACUGACCCCGGCCCGCGGCCCAGGCCCUUGCCCCGGAAGGUCUCUCAGUUAUAAGUCACUUUUCUAUGUACCUGCGAUGAAUUCUUUGCCCGUUUACAAAAUAAGAAGUAUGAUGAGAAGACAUUUAGUGUAGGCACUUUAAUAACUAACUUACUCAGAUCCUUCAAUGAAUGGAAUUAAAACUUGCUUAUUAAUAUCAUGUUGCACAAUAUUAAAAGUUGCUGAUCUCAAUGCCAGAUGUUAAAUGAAGUAUGGCUGAAUUUCAUUAAAACGUUUCUCAUUUGAAAGUGGUAAAUAGUGACAGAGACUCCUUUUGUACCUUUUUUUGUUCACUUUUUUUUUUUACAUAGUAAAAUCUUAAAACCAAUACGAUAUUGUCAAACAAUACAAUGUGUGACAAUGUUGUAUUCUUUUUACUGAAUACUUGAUACUUGGAGAAAGCUUAUUAAGUCAGUGCACAUCCUAACACAGUGGUCCUUAUUUUAGAAGAUGCCUGUAAAUAAGACAAGGUGUUUGGCUCCUCUGAGCAGAUUAUCGGUGAAGAUCAUCAGAAUUAAAGUUCAGGCAGGCUAGCCAGAUAGUAUACUUAAGGGGUGGCAAGGAUUGGAACUGGAAAUUGUUUUGUUCUUGAAACAAAAUGCUUCUUUACGGUUGCUUUUGCUGUUUGACUGCUGUCUACAUUCUUAAAAUUCGAUUUUGUGAAUUGGUUGCUAAAUCCCUUACUGCCCUCACACCAUGGUAUCUACUGUAUUUCUUUUCGAGGUGCCAUUUGCUUCAGAGUUCCGAUCAGCUAGAUUAAGCGAGAGACUCCAGAAGAAAUGUUUACUUGAAUUUUGUGCUUCCUUUCUUGAUAGUUUCCUAUAUAAAAUGUGUCAUUGAAGAAGAGCAGAUGUUCAAGUCUUAAAGAGGCACAAAUUACUGUGCCCCAUUAGCAAGAAUUCAGGAAUCAAUACAGGACAGUAUUAAAUCAAUAGCGUAAGUGAAGAUAAAAAAACUUAGCAAAAAUAUAUUAGCAUGAUUAAAUGGCAAAAGGACUUACAAAAGGCAAGGGCAUUAAUUUUCAAUCCUGCACAAAAUAAAAAAAUUCCUCACGACUCUCCACUUUUACCAGUGGAGCUUGUCGUCCUUCUGCUGAAGGAGGAUUGCUGUAGACUUCUCUAGCUUGACUAUUGCAGCAUAGCACCUUAGAUCUAGAAAGGGAUGCUAAUGCCACAGUUGUAGAAGUGUGAAAAAAGCACCUUGUAUGUAGUAAUGUAUUUUAUAUCUGUUUUUCCUUUUACUGACUGUUUAUAACACUCAAUUGACAAUAGAUAUGAACUGUAUUUUAAAUCAUACUGUUAAAUAUUUUCCCUCUUUUGUUGGGAAGCUCAUUUUAGUUUAACCAUGUUUGCUUAGUUGGUAGCUUACCUGGAAGGCAGUGACCACUUUUUUAUAUUCUCUUAAUGAAACCAUUCAGCAGGUAUAUGCCGUUGAAGCUGGUUAUAGAGGUUUUCUAUAAUAAAUGUUCAAGUAUUUUUGUAUAUAACUGGUUAAUUUUAAUAAGAUAUACCAUUAUGUGUAAAAAAAAAAAAGUAAAAAUAAAAGCAGUUGUUGAUGCAGUAUGAUUGUUAUAAUUAUGCCAAAUACUUUAUGUAUGGAAGAAGAAUAUUUGUACAUAUGUGCUUUUAACAAUAAUUCUGCCAUAUUGACUUUACAAUUUUGAAUGUCGGAAAAAUUAAUAUAUGUUAAAUAUUUAUGUUUAGUGAAAGUGUUCAUAAUUGAGAAAAGGAACAUAUGCAUUUUAGCUUUGUAUCUUGCAAGUUUUGCAGUCAGAAAUUUUUUGAACUAGCUUUUGCUUUUGAUAACACUUUGUGUUUGUAACCACAUUCUUAUAUAUACACAUACAUAUGUGAAGCUCCAUAUACCUGUUGCUUUAAAGAAGUAAAACCUUCCAUUUAAAUAAGAUGACAUGCAUAAGAUAACAAAGCUUCUUUGAUUUCCUUUUCCUGUGUAAUUUAAUAGAUUUGUUGUCUAGUGCUUGGGCACAGUAUAAAUCAGUGUUAUUUGCUCUUGAAGCCAUUUAAAAAAAAUUUUUUUGGCGGUGAGCAGUUGAAUUUAUCUUGAAUUUAUCAUGUGUGUGUGUGUAUUUCUGAAGCAGCUGCAUAGCAGAACAUUUUAAGAGAUUCUGUGAGCCCACAUGUUCAUGUUGGUUGCUGCUGAAUGGUAAAUAUUAAAUAAAAUUACCAGAUUAAUCUUAA